AUGCCAUAUGAUUUUCCUGAAGCUGACGAGUACUUUAAGAAAAAUAACAAAUUGUUCUAUGAAUGUGUCCAUGAAACGCCUUACCUUCAGGCUUGUUUUAGUGAAGCAUUGCGCCUUUACCCAGUUCUCGGCAUGCUAACCAGAGAGGUGGUAGAAGACUACACGCUACCAUCAGGACUUGUAUUGAAGAAAGAUCUCCGCAUCCAGAUACCAGUGUACCAUUUCCACAAAGAUCCCAACAAUUUCCCAGAACCAGACAAAUUCCGCCCAGAGAGGUUUUUGGAGCCAGAGAAAGACAACAUCAAGCCGUUCACUUACAUGCCGUUUGGAGAUGGCCCAAGAAUAUGUUUGGGCAUGAGGUUCGCCAAGAUGCAAAUGACUGCUGGUAUCCUCACCGUUUUGAAGAAGUUCAGAGUGGAAUUGGCUGACGGUAUGCCCCAAACCCUAGAAUUUGACCCUCGCGCCCCUACCACGCAAACAGGUGAAGGCAUCAAUCUGAAAUUUAUACCUCGUGAAGUUAAAUAAAUAACAGAAUGAGCGAAAAGAUAAAUCUGCUUUUAAAGGAAUCCAAAGUAUCAU